UAAAUCUCUACUCUCAACCUCUUCAAAUAUAUGUAAUCUAACGAUAUUCUUGCAGUCUAAUCAAGUAUUUAAUCAUAAUAACUUAGACUUUCUAUAAACUAAUUGUGUAUUACCCCGAUUUUUCCAAACAGAAAUAGUCUCUGAAGAUGUUCAUGAAUAACUUUAAAUGAGUAAGUAUUAGAUUAAAUAAUGUAGUUGAGAGCAUUGAAACUUUUAACUUUGAUGAAGAUGAAUGUUAGAAUGAUUAUUAUAAUCCAAUUUAAAAAUUACCUUUGAAGAAGCCAAGAAAGAGAAGAAGAAGAUAAUAGAUUCAUGAUAAGAAAAGGAAAAGAGCUCCACCUUCAAAAAGACAAGUAAGAAUAUAUAAAUAUAUUAGUAGAAUAGAAAGCAUGAGGCAAUUCCAUUUAAUUAUUUAGAAGAUAGACAAAUUCUUCUAUAGGUAUUAGAGUAAGGUCCUAAAUUCUAUAAAAUUGCUAAAAGUUUUCCAGGAAGGACUUUGAGUAUGGUCAAGAAUAGAUAUUAUAAAACUUUACGAUUUUAGUGGGAUGUUGUAUUGGGACAGUAAAUUAUAUAUUUUAGAUUAAUAGAGCUUAUAGUUAUUUGAAUGUAUAGAUUGAUUAAAUACAAAGUAAGGAAAGUAUGGAACAUUUAGAAGAAGUAUAUGAUAAUGAUAUAUAUUCAUAAUAUAUAUUUUGA